UCUACAGGGAACGUCCAGCUUCAUUCAGCCAAAACUCAAGUGUUAGGCCAGCGGUGUUGAAACGUGUAACGAGUUUUCCAGAGCCUCAACCUGCCAACCACUCCUCUGAAGGAGCCUUCGGUCGCAGUGAGGAGGAGACUGCCUUGAGCUCAGAGGGCCAAAGGUCACCAGAGGUCGUGGUCCGAGCCUGUACGCCCAGCCCUCCACCCCCUCCACCCUCACCACCACCACCAGCACAAGUCAAGGAGAAAGCCCCAACGCCCAAGCUGUUCACCCCAAGCAAAAUCAGUUUCACUUCCCCCCAGUCAGGAGGCAACAACAUGAACCUCUCGGACCUGCCAUCCUUCACGCCCAGUGCCUUCCCUCCCAGUGCCUUCAACUACGAGCGACCGCGGCAUUUUAUUCAGUCGCAGCCGGCCUUCCAGGCACCCAGCUAUGAAAGUGUGCUGAGGGAGGCUCAGGAGAACCAGAAUAACUCCCAACAGAACCUCAACAGUUCCCAGUAUAGUCUCAAUGUUACAGACACACAGGGUCAAGCUAAAAUCAUGUCUGCUCAAAGUCAGUCAACUUCUCAAUCUCAGUCAGUGUCAAAGUCCUUGUCACAGACCCAGUCACAGUUUCAGUCUCUAAACCUCAGUCAGAACCAAACCCAGUCUACUGCCCAGACACACAUUCAGACCCAUGCCAAUGGAACGGGCAAGUCCUCUCCCUCCUCCUCCAGUCUCAGCUCUCCCAUUUCCACCCCGGCCUCCUCUGUUGUGCCUCCUCUUUCCUCCACUGCCCCUCUGCUCAGUCCCUCUGCCACCACUUCCCCAUCCUCCCCUUUCCCAGCCUCCUCCUCCUCCUCAUCCUCUCUCCCACGCACCACCAUGCGUUCCACCAUCACCCUCACCCCCAGUGUCCCCAGUGCCACUGGCCUCGGCAGUGCCACCCUGCCGGCCAACCAGGACACCAUGUCAGCACCUGCCGCUUACCUCUGCUCUGUGCUGCCAUCCCAGUCCUCCUUCUCCCCUUUCUCCCCAUCCAAACUGUCUCCCAACGCCAACCUUCCUCACCCCUCCAUCUCCCCCUCCUGUUCCCCACUUUCCCCCUCCAGCCCUCUGCUCCCCAUGAGGGCCUCCUCCUCUCCUUCCUCUUUCCCCCAGCAGCCUCUCCCAGUGUCCCCUUCCCCUCUCUCUCCCACCUCCUCCUCCUCCUCUCUCCAACAGCCCAGCACUCCUAACAGUCAGAACAGAGUACCACCUGCUGUGGUCUCCCUGCCGGCCAGCUACAAGGGGACGCCUAACACCCUUCCCAAGCCCAUCCUGAAGAAGACUGUAGCUCCUCGGCCUUCCUCUUCUCGUUCCACAGAUGAAGACAUCCAGGGCUCCAAAGACGCCCUCAUCCAGGAUCUGGAGAAGAAGUUGCGCUCAAAGGAGGCCAGGAGGAGAAACAGCCAGAAACUGUCCUAUGAGGAGCGUAUGGCUCGUAGGCUGCUGGGUCCAGACAACGUCACCUACAUGUUUGACCAAGACAGUCUGUCAGACUCACAACUCGACCAGCCAGAUUCACCAGAAGGAAGACACACGGGUGGCCUAUGGGGGAGGCACCACUCAGGGACAGAUGAGAGGGGCAAUGAGGGAUCAGCUAUCCAGGAGAAAUGUUACGCUCCUCGCUUCCUGCAGAUCCCCCCAGACCUCACUGUGGAGGAGGGACGCUUCUGUAGGAUUGACUUCAAGGUGGGAGGCCUCCCCACACCAGACGUCUGCUGGUACCUGGACGGCAAAGCCAUUCGUCCAGACGACUACCAUAAGAUGUUGGUGUGUGAGAAAGGGAUGCACUCGUUCAUCAUAGAGAUUGUCACUGUGCACCAUGCUGGUGUGUAUGAGUGUGUGGCCAGGAACCGAGCCGGAGAGAGCAGAUUUUCCAUGAGGCUCGAUGUCAUAGCCCAGGAGGUUCUCCGUCCUCCCACCUUUGUCCAGAAGAUGUUGAACUCCAGAGCUCUAGAAGGAGACACUGUUAGGUUAGAGUGUAAAGUGGACGCUUCCCCUCCUCCUCAGCUUUUCUGGAAGAAAGACAAAGACAUGCUGCGCAUUGACCCCAACAGAAUGAGUCUGUACCAGGACGGUUCAGGCCGGCAGUGCUUGUUGAUAGAGAGGGUGAUGAAGUCUGAUGCUGGUUGGUACACUCUCUCUGCCAUUAAUGAAGCUGGCAUGUCCACAUGCAAUGCCAGGCUGGAUAUAGGCACCCGCACAGCCCCACCCAUGAAAACGGCGCCCCCUGGCUCCAAGACACUGAAGCUGCUGUCGUCUCUGAGCCAUGUGCCCGCUCUGACCGUGGAGAGCCCCGCCCAGCACACUGCCCCGCUGUACGAGAGUGAAGAGCUGUAGACCACGCUGUCACAUCCUCCUUCAACCAUCAUCUUCACUACCAUGAAACUGGGCCAGAGUCUGUAUCAACUCCAGGCAGAAAGAGCUCUAAACAUGCUUUGGUUCAGAGUAUCACAUUAACAGCAUCGCAGCAGAUGAGUACGCAUCUCAGAGUACUAUGGAGGCCAAUCCAGAUCAGGUUGAAUAAGUAUAAUUAAUAAGCAUAAGAGACUAUGGUUGAUGUGCAAGGCAGAUGAGCGUAGCCACAUUUUCAAGACUAAGAUACAUCUGUGAACAUCUGUAAAAAGACAGUAACUGUGAUGCAAUAUUAGAGGAUUUAUCUCUAUUAUUAUAAAAAGUUUAUCUUCGUCUUGUUAAAAGGCUCAAAACAAACCUUCCUCUAUCUUUCAGAGGUUUAGUCAUAUCAUGAAUUGGCCCUUUAAAGAUUGUUUUAAACCAUCCCUAACCUUCAAGAACACUCGGGAGUUACUUUGAGAGAAAAGUUUCCAAAGCUGUGUGGUCAAGUGCCUUCUGAGUUACUGUAAUCACUCUUCAUAUCGUCCAUCUGCUGCUGUUUGUUUCCAUGGCGCCCACCCCUCUGUCUCUCUGUCUGUCUCUUUGUUGUUAAGGCUCAUGUUUGAUACAUGCCUGUAAGCCUCUGUGCUCUACUCUGCCCGCCUGUCUCUGUCUCUUCAUCUGCCUGUCCUGUCUUCUCUCAGCAAAACGGUCUAGGUCAUGGAUGUAUUAAUAGACCUAGGUACCAUGUGGUGGAGUCAGUUUUAUCCCAGCGGCCAACCACAAUACUGCAACACUGAACCGCUGUGGUCCAGAAACCAUUUGGCCAACAGAAAACUGAUGUGUCUGUCUCAAACAGCACGCAAUUUUCUACUUCCUGCAUUGGAUUGUCAUGGUGUAUGUGCUGGGUAAGCACCUUUCAUUUGAAUCAUUGUUCAUUAUCUCGAAACACAGUGUCUAGCUUUCUUCCAUGGUCUAGGUUAGAAAAUUGGAAACAACCUAGGUUAACUACAGUACCCACAAUCCAACAGCCAACAUCUAUCACUGCACUUUAAUCAUGACAUGUCUCAACCAGUGACUGCCCUCCUGUCCUUUUAGUUUGGAGUUGAAAAGGAUGCUUAUAUGUUUGAGCUGCAGAAUUUAAGUAUUUGUCUCUGAUAGUGUGUGACUGAAUGUCCCCCCCCCCCUGUUUGUUUAAAGAGAGCUCAGAUGUUGGUCACUGCUCAGAUUCUCUGCUGUGGUAUAAAUUCAGCCUUAUAUGUGUUUUUAAAGUUGGUUUCUAAUAUACAGUGUAUGUGAAUGAAGCUAUUUAUUUGAACUGAAGUUAUUAGUUGUCAGUGCUGGGACUUCAAGUUGCCCCUCUCUUGGCCUGUGAAAGGCUACAGCCAGAGGUGUAUAAUAUCAAUGAGUUGGACAAAGAGCAACAGGCUGCCGUUCUGAUCACCAGCUUCUAUGACUGAACACAAAACCAGAUCUGCACUCAAAACUAAAUAAGAAGUGUUUACAUUUUAUCACAUCUGCAGUGCAGAUAACGUUUUCCACUUUACCCAAGAGGAGACAGUUUUUUUUCUCCUUUGAUGUAUGUUUGCAUCAUUAAUGUUCAGUUGAAAAGUGGGUGUCUUUAUGUCAGCCUGUGUCCACAUUUGCCAAACUCUCCAUUUCUGACCAGAGCCUUGGAUAGAAAGAUCUUUCAAAAAGAGGCUUGAUUUGCCUGCUUACCUAACUGCUUGUUUUUAUUGCCAGCCAGGAGGUAAUCACACAAAAACCUUGUAUUUUGGCUGGAUCUGCAUGUAAACUGAAAAUCUGGUAUUUAACCCUGUGUGGCCGCAGCUCAGUGGCAGGAGUUUCUUUCAUGACGGGCUUAAAAAACCUGCCGUCCGGGUCACAGGAGAAGAAAACUGCUUUUUCUGGUUGGCAUGCAGCCCGUUACCAUAUAAACGCCUGUAGUCGGGUUGUGUUUAUACAGUAACAUUUAAACUGUCUUUUACUCAGGUUUAAUGCUUUUAGGUACAGUGUUCCUACAGUUUGUCAUGAUGUUUGGAUCAAACAGGGUUAAACAUUGGAUUUGCUUAAAGCACCAGGAUAGUUUGGUAAAUUCAGCCCUUUCUGUUGAGAUUUUAAACUGCAGGUAGUUGUGUGUAUUCUCCUCAAGUACUGUUUGUUGUGUAAGUUCUGGAUAUCACUGGAUGAAUGAGGAAUAAAGUCUAUGUGACCCUGACUUUGA